ACCAGAUUCAACCAAUUGAUCGUGACGACAACAUUAACGUCAGAGGUCGCUUCAGGGUGUUUCGUAAUGGCGAAAGAGGAAGGAGUGAGUGAAGUGAAGUGUUGUAUUUGAUAUUAGCUUAAGCAAUAAAAUCAAAAUAACAAAAUGGAUUCUGAUCGUAAUCGAUUUAGAAAUCCUUUUGGAAGACCAUCCAUGUCCAACACGGGUGCAGCUUUUUCUGUCCUUCCAUCUCAGAAAACUUUUAAGGGUAUUUUAGCAGGUGGUAUAACUGGUGGAAUAGAGAUCUGUAUUACAUUUCCAACAGAAUAUGUUAAAACACAGUUACAGUUAGAUGAAAAAUCUGGAAAACCGAGAUAUAAUGGAAUUGUUGAUGUAGUACGUCAGACUGUCAGACAUCAUGGAAUUUCAGGAUUAUAUAGAGGUUUAAGUGUUUUGUUAUACGGUUCAAUUCCAAAAUCAGCUGUUAGAUUUGGAACGUUUGAAGCAUUGAAAAAACGAAAUUUAGAUGAGAAAGGAAAUCUCCCACCAAGUAGUAGAUUGUUAUGUGGUUUGGGAGCAGGAGUAAUGGAAGCUAUUUUUGCUGUUACACCAAUGGAAACUGUUAAAGUAAAAUUUAUUAAUGAUCAGACAGGACCAAAUCCAAAAUACAGAGGAUUCUUCCAUGGUGUUUCAGAAAUUGUUAGAGAACAAGGUAAGGUUUUUAAUUUUAACAUUGCUUCUUAACUGAUUAAGUUUUUCAUGUAUU